AUGUUUAUAGGUUUCCUCAAUGUUCCACCUCCAAAUUGUCCGCCGUCUUCAACAUCUACCGAAAUGAGAGGUCCACCACCAAAACGUGAUCCGCCGAUUCCACCGUCAGCAGAUGAUGAAGCUGACACAGCAUAUAUUAUAGAUGAUUCACAGUAUGAUGAACCAGGGAUGCCUUCAGAAAUAAAAGAAUGCUACAAAGGACCAGUUUCAUCAAGGCGACGUUCUAAAUUGCUAAAUAAUAAUUAUGAAAUAUCAACAUCACAACAGAUACGUACGACGUUUACUCCUACCAGUCGUAAUGCACGCUCAGGCCAACAAAAUACAGAAAUUAGUUCAUCAUGGGACGAUGAAACCAGACAAAUGUUACUUCAGCAUCCAGAAACUGGCACCUAUUAUAUUCCAACCAGUUCCGGUCAUACAACAGCAUCGUCUUUAUCACCACACAGCCGUUUUUAUGAAAAAGCUAAUUUUUCGGCAUUGCAAAAUGUUCCGUUGACAUCGAAUCCACGCGGAUCACAUUGUGGAUCGAUCCUCACCAAACAUCGAUAUAUUGGUGGUGGUGGCAAUUUUGGUUUGAAAAAUAUUUCGGAUGAUAAAUGCCAUCCAAUGAUGGAUAAGAAAAGAUUGAAACCGUUUUGUAAUUGGAGGACACUUGCCAUAUUACUUCUUCUUUCUCUUGCCUUCACCUGUUUUACUAUACUUUUAUUACUGUUAGGAAGUGAUAAUUCUCGAUAUGUAUGUGAGCAAUCGACUAAAUCGGUGUAUUCGUCAGCUUCAACAGGCCUAUUCCAUUCGGAAACAUGGCGUGAUGUACAUAUUAAAACAACUGUUUUGAAGCCAUUACCUGAAAGUUUCGAAUUAGGACAACAAAUUGAAGCCGAUCUACCACCGGGAGUUAUUGUUUAUUCAUAUUUUUCGGUGCAAAAAAAUAGUCGAAUAAUUUUUAAUAUAUCCGUUGAUCCACAAGCACAGUUGGUCAUUUAUGGUAGACGGACAGCGUUACCAUCACCGGCUACUCAUGAUUUCAUGGAUAUUGUUCAUGCGGAUUGGUUAACAACCGUUACCGGAAAUUCAUCAAGUAUUCGAUUGAAACGUUCCACACCGCUUCUUCGAACUGCUAUCCUAACACAUUAUUUGCUAGGUGGUCGAUGGCAUAUCGGAUUACUCAAUGAUAUUUUGCAGCCAUUCCCAAUACGUCUCGUUGCUGCGGUGAUUGCUCACCAGACAGUGGACGAAAGGAUCGAUGACUGUCGGUAUGAUUGUGCAGGACAUGGGCAGUGCAAGGAUGGCAGAUGUUACUGUUUUCCGGGAUAUAGUGGAACUUACUGCGAAGAAAAUUCAUGUCCAGUAUUAUGUAGUGGAAAUGGAGUAUUUUCUGGUGGUCAGUGUAUAUGUCAUGAAGGUUACAAAGGACCGGACUGUGAUUUACUGUCACAUUGGUGCGAGGUACCUAAUUGCAAUGGACAUGGCCAAUGUAAUCAGUUUGGUGAUUGUGAAUGUGACAUUGGCUGGAAGGGUACCUUCUGUGACAAGAAAGAUUGCAAAGAUCCUCAGUGCAGUGGCCGUGGUGUGUGUCACAACGAGAAAUGUUACUGCGAGGAUGGAUAUCGCGGGGAAAAAUGUGAUGAAAUAUAUCCAACGGAGAGUUGCAUCGGUAAAGAAUUUCAGUUAAAUGAAAAAGAAUCGGAAUCAGAUGCGGAUCUGGCUUGCAGCAAUCGUGGAAGGAUUGAUUCAGAAUCAGGAUUAUGCAUUUGCAUUCCUGGAUAUCAUGGAAGAAAAUGUGAAUUGGAACGAUGCGAAGUGGAGUGUAUGAACGGUAAGUGCGGUAAUGGUGUUUGUGUUUGUGAUGAAGGAUGGACAGGUAUGGAUUGCAUAGAGCGGAAAUGUCUUCCUGGUUGUGAACAGCAUGGACAUUGCAAUAAUGGUACCUGUAUAUGUAAUAAAGGUUGGAAUGGCGAAAACUGUUACAUUGCUGGCUGUGUCAAUGAUUGCAACGGAAAUGGUAUUUGUCGGUUGUUUUCCGGACAAUGGAAAUGUGCAUGUCAUACAUCGUUUUUUGGCGAGAACUGUUCAUUACCAAUCGAAUCAAAUUGUGAUGAUGGCGUUGAUAAUGAUAAUGAUGGUUUGAUCGAUUGUGAAGAUUCGGAAUGCUGUACGGAUAGUAGCUGUUCAUCAAGUCAAAUGUGCGCCACUGUAAUACAGCCACGAGAUGUGCUUUUAAAAGUAAUACCAACUGUGAAUAGUAAUUUCUAUCAGCAAAUUAAGUUUCUGAUUCAACGUGAUUCGGUACAACGCUAUGCGGAUGAACGCCAUUUCAAUGAAAGUUUUGUGUCAGUCAUUCGUGGACGAGUUUUGGCUGAAGAUGGUUCACCGCUUACAGGCGUACGUAUUGCGGAGGCACGGCAUCCAACACUGACGGGUUUCACGUUGAGUCGUAGUGAGGAUAACGGUGGUGCCUUUGAUCUGGUAGUUAAUGGUGGCAAGACGGUCACUUUGCAAUUUAUGAGGAAACCUUUUGAAAAGCUUGAAAAAAGUUUCUACAUACCGUGGAAUGAGAUUGUUUAUGUGGGCUAUAUAACAAUGCGGUUAGGACCGACAGCAGCGACUGUAAAUGAACGAUUGGAAAUGAGUGAAAAAUGCCGACAGUAUUACGCUACCAAUUAUUUGGCUCCCGUCAUAUUCGCAUCGUGGCUUACAAGUCAGUAUUCCGGAAGACUUACAGCAUCCGCACAGAGUGUUCAGUUGCUGGCCGAUUCCGGAAAGUCGUUUGAUUCCAUUCAGAUACCAACGACGAAUGAAGUAUAUCUCGUAUAUGACAGUUCAUUUGCUGAUGGCUAUCGCAGUACAUUACUCAUUGAAUUACUUCCAAGUCGCAUUCCGGAAGAAAUUCGUUUGGUUCAUCUAUCCGUCAGUGUUGCUGGCAACCAUUUUCAUAAAGUUUUUUCUGCUAUGCCAAAUUUAACAUAUACUUAUUCGUGGGAACAAACGAAUGUUUACACUCAGACGCUUAAUGGUUUAGUUAAUGCUAAAGUAUCGGUUGGAUACGAAUAUGAAGGCUGCAAUAGAAGCAUUGCUUGGAUUCACCGCCUUGUAAAAUUGGAAGGACAUCGCGCUAGUCGUUUUAUAUUGGGUGGUUGGUCACUCAGUGUCCAUCAUCAUUACGAUAUCAUACACAAUGUUCUCGAGAAAGGUGAUGGUACGAGAGUGUUUUUGGAUGAAACUGCUCCAUUAUUAACAACAGUAGUUGGUAGUGAUCAGCAGCGACCUGUUAAUUGCCCAUUUUGUGAUACACCUGCAAGUGAUGGCCGUCUUUUCCGUCCAGAUGCGUUGUGUGUAGGAAGUGAUGGUUCAUUGUACAUUGGUGAUUACAAUUUGAUACGUCGUUUAACACCAAAUGGAAUGCUUAUUUCAUUGUUGGAACUUAGCAUAUCGGAUACAGCUCAUCCAUAUUACUUAGCGAUCGAUCCGUUAACUGAUUCACUUUUUAUUUCAUUACCGAUACGUGCUCAAAUAUGGCAAAUAAAUAAAGAUAUAGAUGGUACAACCGAUCUAACAACAAAUUACAACGUAGUGGUUGGUGAUGGAAAUGUAUGUGGAAAUUCGGGUAAACGUUGUGGUGAUGGUGGAGCCGCUGAUAUGUCUCAACUUAACUUUCCUAAAGGCAUUGCUUUCGAUGAGUAUGGAAAUUUAUAUAUUGCUGACAGUAGAUGUAUCAGGAUUGUGAAUCGAGAGAAACAUAUUAAUACGCUGAUUGAAGAACGUGGAAAUGGACCACGUCCAUGUACAGUUGAUUAUAUGGAUCUAACAGAUAUUAUUACUAUUUGGCCAACAUCACUUGCUGUGGAUAUGCUAAACGAUAAAUUGUAUAUACUUGAUAUAGAUGUAAUAUAUAGUAUAUCAUUGGAUACUCGUAUGGGAACAAUUAUAGCCGGAACAAUUAGUGAAUGUGAGCAGAUGAAAACACUAACAGGUGAUUUGCUAUCACAACGACCAUUAACAGAAGCACGAUCCAUUACUGUAGCACCAGAUUCUACGAUAUACAUUGCUGAAACAAACAACAAAAAAGUGAAUCAGAUUCGAGCAAUCUAUCCAGAUAAUCAUUCAAAAGUGAUAGCUGGGAAGUUGAGCAAAUGUGAUUGUGAUCGGACAAAUUGUCCAUGUGAAGAUUUUCAUCCAACUGUUGCCACUUCUUCCUUUCUUCAUUCUCCGUCGGCUAUAGCGGUUGAUUCAAAAGGAGUGGUAUAUAUAGCUGAUAAGAGUAAUUUCAAAAUUAAAAAACUUGAAAAACCAAGUGCAAUAUAUGACGAAACAACUCAGCAAUAUCGUAUCCAUAGCCCUCAUACGAAAGAGAUUUACACAUUUAACAAAGUCGGUCUUCACGUGAAAACUACUAAUCUCCUUACUGGCGAUACUGUAUUCACGUUUACGUAUGACGUUGACACACAUCUUGCUCGUUUGAUACAAAUAACUGGCACUGGUGGAUAUAUUUUGAGACUUCAUCAAACAGAUGAUGAGAAAACUCUAUUGGAGACAGCAGCAGGCCUUCAAACAGUAUUAAAUUUCAAUCAGUUUGAUGGGACAUUAGCAAAAAUUACCUUUCCUAGUGGUGAAAGUACCAAAUUCUCGUAUUUUCCUGGACAUCUCCUACGUUGUCGUGAAACACUUCAUCGAAAUUGGUGUUUUGAAUAUGAUGAAUUUGGACGCGCAAAGACAUUGAUAAAUCCAGCCGGAAUUUAUUAUUCAGUAACGAAACGUGAUCUUGUACAAAACAGUUUGGUAACAAAAGUGACGAGAAAUAAUGACUCAUAUACGGUUUACAAAUUUUCCGAUAAGAAAUUUACAGAAGAAGGUGCUCAGAAUCGACAGGUGACUGUACUCGAUGAAGGUUUAUUGAUUGUCGCCUUUGGCGCACGAACUCAUUUUGAUGGUGUAACGCAUCCUCUCUUAGAACCGCAUGAAACAGCAAUUUUGAAGCGGAAAAUAACACUUCCGGAAACGGUAGAUCCUCCAAGACGUGAGCUGAACUUACGCUUUGAGUGGCGUGGUUACAUACGAAGAAAGGAAUCCGGUCGGCGUAAUGCGGAGAAAUGGCAUCGUAUUCAACAGGUCGGAAGGAGACCGAGGAUCAAUGGACGUAAUGUAUUCACAAUCGAAUACGAUUACGAUAGCAAGCAAGAUACUGUACGGAAUAGUCUCGAUGAGGAAGUGCUCACUGUCCAGUAUAAUGAUGCUGGUCAAAUUACCUCACUUAAUCCACUACAACAUCAUAUAGAUACCAUGAAAGUUAUGCAUGAUUCAUCGGGCAGGCUAAGUCAAAUAGCUUGGGGAGCCUCAACUAUUGUUUUCGAAUACGACCGAUUAAAUCGAAUUAUCUUAAUGUCAGCAGCAGCUGAAGGUGCUAAUUAUCUUGAACGGAAAUUCUUUUAUCAGAAGGAAAAUCAAUUAAUUCCUUCACUUAUACAAAUGCCAUCAGGUGAGAAAUAUCGUUGGCGUACCGAUCGCGUAGGCGGUAUUACUUCUCUGAAAACUCCAACCGGUAUUUUUCAUCAUUUCAUGCAAUACGCAAUGUUUGAUCGAAUUUGUCGACAGCGUACUGUUUCGUUUUCCAAUGCAUCUUACGUUGCAUGCAUGAACGAUGACGGACAACUGUUAGAUUAUCGAACACCGGAUCGAUUGCAUUCAUUAACCGUAAAGCAUGACAUGUAUGGAAGAGUGAUACAAAUAACAUCAGAUGCCGAAAAUAUCUUCUUCAAAUAUGAAGAACAAAAUGGAAAUUUGCAGCUGCGGGAAGUUAGCAAUAGUUUCUUGAAGAGGUCAUAUCAGUGGCAAGGUAUGAUACAUUCUAUUGUUCAUGAAGCGCAUAUGGCUGUCACUCAUUCAAAUCGUCGUUUUGCUGAAAGUUUGGUGGAAUUCAUAUAUGAAUACGACGAUUUUUUACGAUUAACAUCAAUGACAGUCGUUUAUAAUGGUGUACGUUUGCAACCACAAAAGUACCAAUUUGAUUCUCGACAAGGGCGCUUAACAAAAUUAAACAAUUUCGUCUUUUUAUAUGAUUUAUACACACGCCGAAUAAUGAGUGACACGUUAGUAAUGGAGAUUUUCUAUAAUAAUGCGAGUGAAGAAAUAAUGCGGAAAAUAACGAUAAAUGAAUUGAAAGUUGUGGAGAUGAGCAUAAACCGUCAUGCGCUCGGUUGGGUUGAAACUGUCGAUUGGACUGUCAUCGGAGAGAAGCGACCAACUGAAAAACGAUCAUUCGACAUGGAUGGACAGUUAGUGCAGUAUACAAUUGGUGAAACAGAUGACCGUCGAUGGACACUUCAUUAUGAUUUAGAUGGACGAUUAAAGGCCAUCAAUGAUGCAAAAAUAUCAUUUUCCAAUGGAAAAUUGAAAAACGUAGAUCAGGUGGACUAUACGGUGAAUGCGAAUGGUUGGACGAGAAGUCGAGAUAAUAUGUAUUUUGAAUAUGAUGUCUACGGUCGAGUACAUCGUGUUUAUCAACCGGGUUUGAUAGACGUUGAAUACGGUUACGACGAUCGGUCACGUAUAAUUUGGCGAAGAGUCGGUGACGAGCAAUUUCAGCGUUUCUUUUAUGCAAUACCUAAUCGACCGUAUCUUUUAACACAUUUCGCUUCGACAAACGAAACACCAUCAACGAUUUUAUAUGACGAUCGAGAUAUCCCAUUUGCAUUAUACAAUGGUGAUAGAUAUUAUGCCUUAUUUGUGGAUAUUGAUGGUUCUGUUCGCUUCAUAUUUGCAUCCGAUGGCACUAUGGUCAAAGAAAUAGUUCGUAAUCCACUUGGUGCCACCGUUGUGGACACUAAUGACCGUUUCUAUUUUCCACUUGGCUAUCGCCAUCAAUUCGACGAUCCACUCACUGGCAUUGUAAUUCUGGGACCGGAAGCACGGCCAUACGAUACAUUUGUGGGACGUUUCAUGUCCGUUUCAGUUUCCUUUGUCACCUCACAAACGAAUAUUUUUGCACCGGAAUAUGAAAGUGAUCCAUUUCGCGCAAUACCAACCGAAUCGAAUUUACUGCGACAUUUUCCACUUGGUAACAAUCAGUAA